AACUCGUUCCUCAAGAGAGGACAGUAUCUUGUGAAUAGCGAAGGAAGACGACAAGAAGUUCGUUGUUGGUCGUCUUGUUGGCUCGGCUGAUUUAUAUAUAUAUAUAUAUAUAUUUGUCAUUCCUUUUUUUCUGAUAUUUGUAUACGUUUUAUAUUUUUCUUGACUCCAUUGUUCCCGGGAAAAAAUAAGUGUAAGACUCUGAGUACAUUUUGAUCAAUUAAUAGUGAAUUGUGAAAAAUUAGAUUCUAUAAUAUAUACAGGAUGUAUUGGAUGAUCUUCUUCUGGGUGGCUGGUCAUUUGGCCACAAUGUCAUUCCUUUCAGUUGGACAGGCUGCGGUGAACCAAGGUUUCAAGAGUGUCCCAACCACUGUCAAGACAUUCGAAAAUGAUACGGUUCUACUUCCUUGUUACGUGGACAACUUCGGCGUACCGACCAGGGUAAGAUGGUGGCGCAAAGAUACACUUUUGGCUGAUAGCGGAGAACCAAAUUUGGUAUUACCUCCUAGGAUUAAAAUGUACGGAAACAAGAGCCUGGAAGUGGUGCACGUGCAACCCGAAGAUACUGGGGAAUACGUGUGCCAAGCUUCUAGACCAGCUCCCUCGGGAUACGUCAAUCAGGUCCACGCGAUCGAAGUCAUGUACCCACCAAGUGUACAGCCUGUACCACGAUCUGGAGAAUUGGAGGUAAACCUUGGCGAGGAAGUUGAUAUGGCAUGCGAGGUCGAGGGUGUACCAUAUCCUGUGGUAUCGUGGGUGUCAAAGGGCGAAGUGCUGCAGUUGCUGGAUGAUAGACCGCGUUUGCGAUUCCGCGCUGAUUCGCGAAAUCUUUCCGGUCAGUACACCUGUGUGGCCACUAAUGGCGUAGGGGAAGCAGCAAUGGCUACUAUAGAUCUACGAAUACGACAUAAACCAUCAAUACAGACGAGAAAGAACUGGGUGCAUGCAUCGCCAGGAAUUCGUGCCCAACUCGAUUGUAGAGUGACUUCCUGGCCGGAGGCAAAGGUGGAGUGGUUCUUUGAGGAUCAGAGAGUACCUUAUUCGUCGCGUAUUGUGAAGCAUUCCUAUGGGGAAGAUCACAGUCUGAUAAUACGCAAUGUACGCACCCUGGAUUAUGGUUAUUACCUAUGCAGAGCCUCGAAUUCUGUAGGAAUCUCCGAGGAAAUCAUUGAGUUAUCUGGUGUGGCGAAUCCCGCUAUUUUCAAGGAAUCGCAUCCCGUUGGUAGGACGGCAUACAACUUUAUUUGGGAGGUUGACAGUUAUAGUCUGAUUAUAGAUUAUCAGUUUUGGUUCCGCAAAUAUUCGAAAGGAGUUCAUGGACAGUGGCACAAAUUAUAUAUACCAAGCGGAAGUGAGGCCAUCGGUCCUGUGCACGCACGAGCUUUUAAUCUUACCGGAUUGGCUCCCGCAACACAUUACGAAGCUGUUGUGCUUUCGCGUAACUCUUACGGAAUAAGCCGGCCUUCGAAGAUUAUGCGCUUCUCUACAGAUGGCGCCACGACGGAAUCUGAACAGCAAUUGUUUGAAAAACCCAACAUCCCAAAAGAGAAAAUUUUACCAGCCGUUGAAGUCGCAUCUAUGUCUCAACAUUUACCACCAGUUGAUACAGAGAGCAAUGAUGCCUAUCGCGAACAAUCUAAAUGCAUAUUAAUAAUUUUACCGAUGAUUCUGAAUUUUUUUAAUUCUUACUAGUGAUUGUAGAUAACACUAAGUGUAAAUAAGACUGAGUUUCGGGGAAGUAUGGAAUAAACAUGACAUAGGAUAAAAGUGUGUUGAAAUAAAUAAUUUGAUUCAUA